ACACACAACCGCGACGCUUCUUGUAGCUGCCAAGUGUGGAGACGGCGCCCGCAAUGCUUUAUGGGCUUUGUUGUCCUUUGAGAGUGCGGUAGUGUGUUCAACCUGCCGGGAGGGGAGGAGGGAUUUCACCCUAAGAGGAUUGCGGCGAUCGUUAGCUGCCCGCUGGCUUUGUCAAGGCAUGCCGGUUUGCCGGUUGGAGUCCAGCCGACAACAACGAGGUACAGUUUUCCUCCCAGAUACUCGGCAACGAAACCGGUUGGACUUGAAAUCAUGCGUAUCGAAGCAGCGCAAAAUCGAUCGUGACAGUCCAAGAUGACCUAUGGUAGAUUUUACAUGGUGGGAGCGCAUGGAAAUCCUUCACCAGGAGUGCAUCAGUACCAGAGAGCAGUCUCUUGAGGGAGUUAUUGCUGACAGGCGGCUCCCGAUAUGAAGACCAGACCUGCGGGGAUCGGCAAUGUCCAUGCCGACUGGAUGGGUUCGCUCCCCUCCAAGCUCAGUGCCAUGCCCCUCAAACAUCUAGCGGUGCCAGGCUCUCACGACUCUUUCACUUUUUGGGUGGAUGUGCAUGCUCCCGUGGGCCCCGAUCAAAAGGUUUAUGUUAAGUAUCUGGCUACCAUGUUCAGUGUCUUAGCCAAGAAAGUCAUGGUGAGGUGGUCCAUGACACAGAACCUGACUUUUAAGGAGCAGCUGGAUGCAGGAAUUCGCUACUUUGACCUCAGGGUGUCCGCAAAACCAGGCGAGCCUGGAAAUGAAAUCUACUUCAUUCAUGGCCUCUUUGGACACAAGGUGAGGGAUGGCCUGUUAGAAAUCAGCUCCUUCCUGGGCAGACACAGGAAAGAGGUGGUGUUCCUGGACUUUAACCAUUACUAUGCAAUGGAGGCAGAGCACCACGUUUACCUCAUCAGCAUGCUCCAAGAAGUAUUUGGCAGCAAACUGUGCAAUAACUGUACGGUGGAGAACGUCACUCUGGACUAUCUCUGGGAGAAGAAAUACCAGGUGAUUGUGUUCUACCAUCAUCCUUCAGCCCAAGGCGUUCCUGUCAUGUGGCCUGGCAACAAGAUCCCUGCUCCCUGGGCAAACACCACUGAGCCCAUCAAGCUCAUAGAGUUCCUGGAAACUACGCUGAAGGAAAGAGACAAGCAGGGUUCCUUCCAUGUAUCCCAGGCCAUCCUCACUCCCACUGUCAACACUGUGGCUAAGGGGUUGCUCUGGGGCCUGCGCAGCUACCUGGUGGAGAGAAACCUGCCAACCAUCAUGUCCUGGGUUGAGGCUCAGAGGCCAGGGGUGGACGGAGUCAACAUCAUCACCUCGGACUUUGUGGACCUCACUGAUUUUGCCAACAUUGUAAUCAAGCUAAAUAACCUGCUGUUGUCUGAACAGAACCGCAAACCAAGAUGACACACGUUUUCAUACCAGGAAGACUGACAUGGUGGCUUUGAGUCUAGUGGCAAAUUUUCCCUGCCUCUCUUUUUAUAUUGUUCACAAACGGCUCUGGUGCUGCUGGUAGAGCUUCAGUGUAUUUGCUUAAGGACACUCAGCAUUAAGAUGUGCAGGGAUGGACUCUGUAUGAGCUUGGGUCCUUUAAAAUAAAGCCUUUCAAUUUUUAAGGAGCUCGUCAGCUAACUUUCAGUCUGAUUUUAAGUUGUAGAUGACUUUCUUAGCCUCAGUUCUAUGAAGACAGUCCAAAAGAGGGAAAGAAGUGAGAGCUCAGAUGAGAGAAAACCAGGCAUGCCCAGCUGCAUUUUUUUACCAUCUUCAUAAGGCUGAGUCGUGUCAUGCUGGAGUUCUGGCUGCAUCUGCAGAUUCCUUUUUCUGCUUUCCCUUUUGAGGGAAAGCUAGAAAUACAUCUCAUAUUUGCUACUAAAUGGGACUGCCAGGCAGGUCACCAGAUUGGUAGCUGCUGUACAUUUUCCUUUGCAUGAUUAUAUGACUUUUAACCUCUCAGGUGCUUAUGUGGAAGUUCAUUUGGAUGGUUUAUCAAUAUUACAGAUGUGAAUUUGGUUUAUUUGUAUUUUUAAAUGGUCUUAUGAAAUUACUGACUUUGUAAGUUAAGAUAAGAGACAGAAUUGCAUGUUAAAAUGCUGUCUGUAGGCAUUUUAGCCACUAUUGUAUGAACUGCACGCAAGGGAUUAGGAUAGCUUCUUUGUUUGUUUACAAGAUAAACUCUGUGUGAAAAGAAAUUCUUGAUAUGAUUGCAAUGGAACUCAUUUGUAUUUCCAACAUACUAAUGAUUGUUGAAACUGGACCAGUGAGUUAGGGUUGGCUUGUUAAAUGUAGACUUGGUCUUUUUCCAGUAAUUAAAUGAACUUGAGGGAAAAAAAGACAUACUUAAAUUUUUUUCUU